AUGUGCAAACAAAAGCUCAUUAAACGACCGCCCGCUCCUGCUGUGGAGAAGUUGAUGGGAAAGAGGGCAAGAGCUCCGCUCUGUUUGUCCCUGUUGGUCCUCCUCGUCCUCGUUUGCCGCUGCAGUAGUUCAGCAGCUCCUCAACAUCUGAAUCCGUUGAACGAAAGCGUGGGAGUAGAUGGAGCAUUUGAUGCUUCAAGUUCGGCAGCAGGUGCUGCUGCUGUAGGAGAUGCGGGAGAUGGUGAGGGGGGGUUGGAGCAGGUGUUGAACCCAGGCCUACGUCCUGUGAAUGUGAAAUGGAUUCGUAAUGCAAUGAAGAAGUUUGGGUGGUAUGCACUUGGGUCUGCUGCUACCGUAUUGCUGCUUGCACUUCUUGUUGCAGCAGGGAUUUUUGCUGCUGCUACACCCAAAGUGCAGAGUGACCCCACAGUGCCUGCAGAGGAGGAGGAGGAAGAGAAAGAGAAAGAGGAGGUGAAGGAGGAGAAGAAAGGCGAGGAGACCCCAAGGAGCAGAGAGCUGAAAUACGAAGGGGAAGCAGAAAGAUCCGAAAUUGACCAGGCUUCACAGGCGGGAGCAGCAGAGAAACCGGCACAAGAACCUUCACGAGAAGAACAGCAACAGCAGGAAGAUGCGGAAGGACACGAUGAAGGCGAAACCGAGAAGGAAGAGGAGGAGGAUGAAAGUGGUGGGGAAGAGAAAGACGAAAAGGAGAAGGAAAUAUCGGGGGAAGGAAUAGAGCAAGAGGAGGAAGCAACGGAGGAAGAAGAGAAAGAAGGAACAAAAGAAACGGAGGAAGAGGGAGGCGACGAGAAAGAUCAAGAGGGAGGAGGAGAAGAGACGUUUGACGGGGAGAGUGGUGCUGGUCACGAAGCCGAAGGGGAAGCCGAGAUGUCCACAGCUGACGAUGCGUCACAGGCGGGAGCAGGAGAGAAACCGGCACAAGAAUCUUCACAAGAAGCACAGCAACAGCAGGAAGAUGCAGACGGACACGAUGAAGGCGAAGCCGAGAGGGAAGAAGAGGAGGAUGAUAGUGGAGGGGAAGGGAAAGACGAAAAGAAGGAAAUAUCGGGGGAAGGAAUAGAGCAAGAGGAAGAAGCAACGGAGGAAGAGGGGAAAGAAGGAACAGGAGAAACGGAGGAAGAGGGAGGAGACGAGAAAGAUCAAGAGGGAGGAGGAGAAGAGACGUUUGACGGGGAGAGUGGUGCUGCUCACGAAGGCGAAGGGGAAGCCGAGAUGUCCACAGCUGACGAUGCGUCACAGGCGGGAGGAGAGGAGGAACUGCAACAUGAACCUCCACGAGAAGAACAACAACAACGGGAAGUUGAAAAACGAGACGAUGAAGCAAAAACCAAGAAGGAAAAGGAGGAGGAUGAAAGUGGAAGGAAAGAGGAAGGAAGGGAAAGCGGAAGAGAGGGAGGUGUAAAGGAGGAAGAGGGAAAAGGAGGAGAAAGCGAAAAGAAGAAAGAAACAGGGGAAAUGGAAAAAGAGGGAGGGUACGGGAAAAAUGAAGAUUUGGAGGGGGAAACGUAUGACGGGGAGAAUGUUGCUACUCAGUUGGCGCUGCUGCAGCAGCUGGAAGACUGCGUUUCUCCUGCAGAUUCUCUAGCUGCCUCUCUCAGGGUGCCGAUGUCUACUGCACUGCUGGGGCAGCUGAAGGACUGCAUAAAAACUGCAAUAGAGAAUCGGUCGGCUGCAGAGCUCGGGGAUUCUGAAGCGGGGGCUGCGCUUGUUGCAGCGAACUACGAAGCAGCAGUGGCGAUAGUGGACCUUCAGACGGUGGCAAGGGAGGUUUUAGCCAGAGGUGCACGCACAGUUGUUGCAUGCCCCGACGCCAUAGAUACAGCCAAUGUAUCAAAGUUCCUCAAAUAUACUGGCGUAUCGCAUUCAUUGGAGCUAGCCUGGUAUCAAGCUGCGCAGGUAUGCGAGAUGAGCAUUCGUUCCAUGCGGAAAGAUGGACAAAGAACUCUGGAAAAGAUGCAGAUACUAUUUCCGCAGCCAGACGGAAUGUUGGUGUUGUCGCCCGAGCGUCUUUCUGCUGCGCGGGCUGCAGUGGAAGCCACCUAUUGCUACCUGAAGGGGGAAGAAGCGGCAAGAGAAGCAGAAACACAGCUGCAGCACACUGUUUCACAGCUGUUAAAGAGCAAAUAUUUGGUGGAUCUAGAACCUGUAGCAGCAAAACUAGCAUGUCAAGGUCGAACUGCAUUCUCACUUCUCCAGGUUGUAUCAACGAUAAAAGGGGAACGAAAAAUGUCACCUGAAGACAUACAGCUUCUGGGGAAGUGGGAGCAGUGCUAUAACAAUGCGCAAGGGGCGAUAAGCUCGGUGCAGCAGCACCUGCAGGUGUUGAGGGAUGAGACAAGCAUGGUAAUGAUGAAAAAGACAGCGGACGAAGCGAGAACUGCAUCUGCGCAUGCAGAAACUCUUCUUGCGGAACUUCUCACAGAACUGCCCAGCCACAUGCGCCCUAGUAUCUUCCAAUUGGUGAAGUUAUUGCUACGCCCGGAUAUAUUGUCUGCAAUAUCAAAGAGUACGGACGUCACAACGACGCUCAUGCCUAUUGUUGACGCAGCAGCAGCAACCGAGCAGCAAUUGCUGAAGGUUGGUCGCCAGAUAGAGUUGCAGCUUUCCGAGCUGACAAGUCUCCCGUGGGCGCCUAAAUUGUUGGUGGAAAACGCUGAAAAGCAGCUCAAGUCUGUUCUAGUGAGUGGGAAGGAGGACAAGCAGACCUUCGAUGGGCGUGUAGCCGAUAUCAUCAACAGCGGGCCUAGCCGUGCAUUAUUUGAUGGACUGAAUGAGGGCACAUCCGCACUUAAGAAACACUGCGAGGCUGUGUGCCAGCUGAAUGCGGAAGUGGAAGUGCUACUGGCGCUGAGCCGAUUGGUAGAAACUGCUCAAAGCACGGAAGCAAGUGCGUUAGAGAUGAUGGCAGGUGGGAUGAUCCUGCAACCUGCGGAGCACCAGCAGGUAAGCGAACUCAGGAAACGGCUGGAGCAUGCAGUAGCAACAGCAAGACGAGCAAAUAACCUCCCUGCUGUUGUGCAGGCAGUCGGUGAGUAUGUUACUGCUAGCCAGAGGCUUCUUCAACUGGUUCGGGUGUCGAAGUUAGAAGGUCUGCUCAAGAACGACACAGCAACCGCAGCAGAGCUCCAAGCAACUAAGGCAGUUCAGGAGGAACUCAAACCCGGCGCCGCUGGAGUGGCUCAAGACGGAGAGGUCGAAGAAGAAAAGGCACCACUUGAAGCAGCAUUAACAAAAGCAAGCUACCAAGGAGAAGGCUUUGGAAGACAGACAACAGCAAAACCAGGGGGAGAAGCAACCCAAGGAGAGGAGAAUGAGGAAGGUAAGGAGAACGAUGAUCAAGACAGCUACGAAACAGCGUCGGAGAGUGAAGGGCACGAAGAAAGCGAAGAUGGAGACGAAUACCAGGAUGCUCUAGAGUGGUCAGAAAGUUCAUACAAACCACAGAUAUAA